UUACUCUUAUUUAAUUCUCUACAGUCACGCUCAUCGUAACACUCCAUCCACUACCGUGUAUUUAUGGCUCUCACGAUUCAGAUAAUAUUUAUCACCUUAUCUUUCGCGAUUUUACUCUCUUACAUUAUCUUCUAUGCUCACGCGCACCACACCACUUCAUCCAUCACCGUGUAUCUUCAGAUUCCCCGUGUAUCUUCAGAUUCCACGUGUACCUUAUUUAGAAUAUCUUGAUCACCUCACCCAUCAUCAGUUUCGCUAUUUCACUUCAUACACACCCUUUCACGCGUUUCCAUUCAUUUUUCACUUCGCUAAAUCUGAAGUAGUACCAGUAGAAGCAGAAGCUUAAUCUGUUGUGUUAAUGGCGUACUAUUAGAUUCGAUUCGAACUCUUCAACUAACUUCUGGAUCCUUCAAUCCGGUUUUUACAGUUACAGAUCGACUGAUCGAGGACGUGUUCUGUUUGAUUUGAGCUGAAUUUCUGAUUGAAGGAAUUUCUAGGUCUUUAUUUGGAAAUUUAGGGGUGCUCGCUUCUUUGAAGCACUGACACAGAUGGUCAGACAUAUACUGUACACAUGAUGACACAUAAAGAUAGACACCGUUUCAGACACUGACACAGGUUGGACACCAAACACCGGAUACAUCUUCAAUCUUAAGUGUUAGUGGUACAUAAUCGAUGAAUUAGAUCGAUAAAUGUGGAGGAUGAAAUCAAAUAGUACAGCUGGCAGCAUGUAAAUGGUCCAGGAUUUCCUGCAGUAAUUGUAUUCCAGCUAAUCCUAAGUGGAUACAAAUUGGACAGCUGACAUUGUAACUGCUGGGAAUCCAUUUUCCAUAAGUGUAGUCUAUUUUUUCUAAAAGAUGUGGAGAUUUAAGCCAUUCAUGCACAAAGAGCAAAGCGGUCUUGAAGGCCGUUCUAUAGAUGUUGGAAAUCUUAAAAUAAAUGUCCACAAGGUCAUUGCUGAAGGAGGUUUCUCAUGUGUCUACUUGGCUCGUGAUGCUGUACAUAUGUCGAAACAGUAUGCUUUGAAGCACAUCAUAUGUAAUGAUGAAGAAUCACUUGGAUUGGUGAAGAAGGAGAUAUCUGUCAUGAAGUUGCUGGUAGGACAUCCCAAUGUUGUCACACUUCAUGCUCAUGCCAUCUAUGAUAUGGGUCGGACAAAAGAGGCGUUCCUUGUAAUGGAAUUUUGUGAGAAGUCUCUGGUUAGUGUGCUGGAGAGCCGAGGAGCUGGUUAUUUUGAUGAGAGGCAGGUUCUUUUAAUCUUCAGGGAUGUGUGUAAUGCAGUCUUCGCCAUGCACUGCCAGUCUCCACCUAUUGCUCACCGAGACUUGAAAGCAGAGAAUCUUCUGUUAGGUGCAGAAGGUUUAUGGAAGUUGUGUGAUUUUGGAAGCAUUUCCACCAAUCACAAAUGUUUUGAGAGGCCAGAAGAAAUGGGAAUUGAGGAAGAUAAUAUCAGAAAGUACACAACCCCUGCCUACAGAGCCCCUGAGAUGUGGGAUCUGUUCCUGAGAGAAGUCAUUAACGAAAAAGUGGACAUAUGGGCACUUGGGUGUCUCCUUUUUCGCAUAUGCUACUUCAAAAGUGCAUUUGAUGGGGAAUCGAAGCUCCAAGUCUUAAAUGGAAACUACCGCAUUCCUGAUUUACCUAAGUUCAGUUCAUUCCUCACAGACUUGAUCAGAGACAUGCUUCAAGCUAGACCAGAUGACAGACCAGAUAUCACGCAGGUUUGGUUUCGUGUUAAUGAGCAGCUACCCAUUGAUUUACAAAAGUCUUUACCUGACAGGCCACCUGAAUUGCCCUCUUCCAACAUUCACGAAGGUGCUUCAAUGUCCACAAACAAAUCCCCUGCAAUGCCUCGCAGGAAUCCACCUCCUCCUCCUUCAGUUGGAGAAUCCAAAACUACCCCUCAGCCAUCUCUUGCUCCUAGGGGAGGGGAAAGUGGGGGGCAGCUUGGUGCUUUCUGGUCCACUCUGCAUGCAAAGGAUUCACCUGUCCCCGAGGAAAAGGGAAAACCUAUAUAUGAUGAAGAACGAUCUAGCCACCAUGUAUCAUUGAAACAUGACAGAGUUCGUCCAGACAAUGAUCAGUUACCCAAAAAUGCUAGUUCUAACAAAGGGGCCAACACACAAACUCAGACUGUAAAAAGCAAUAUGCAUGGAAAAUUACCGAAGCCUGCUGCCGUAUCAGCCAAGGACUUCGAAAUAAAUUUUUUUCCAGAUAAAGAUCAUGCAAGUGAGAGGCAUAUGUCAAAUAUGGAGAAGAAUAAUAAUAACUUCCAAGACCAGGCUUUUAACAAUUUUGUUGCAGAAUUUGAUACCAAUAAACUGAACUCCGGGCAUGGUAACAAAUCCACAAGCGAAGAAGCAUUGGAGUCUUUGGUGGAGAAACUCAAAGAUCAGCUGAAGGAUGCUAACUUAGAGAAAGCUGAAAUAACUGCAAAGUAUGAAAAGCUUACUGCUAUCUGCCGUUCACAAAGGCAAGAACUGCAGGAUCUCAAGCAAGCACUUGCAGCAAGAACUCCAUCUCCAAAUAGAGAGGGUUUUAGAGUCUCUCCUGGAGUUGCAUCAUCUGCAUCUUUGCAGGAUAGAAAUGAACGGAAAACUCCUAAUUCAGAACCAAAGUCAUGGCAAGCUUUCCCAGAGGAUGCUGAAGGGGUGAAGUCCCUUUCAGCAGACAAUGCAUUUAAAUCUGUUAGGUCAAGAAAUGGUCAACAGAACAUGCAGGCUACUCAACCAGCUUCUGAUUUCGAUUCAUGGGGUUUCGGCACAGAUACAUUUAGUGCUGUUCAUGCUGGUAGCCCACAGAUGCCAAGACCUGGUGAAGGGAGUAAAGCUCAUGUUUUUGGUGAGGCAAAGGCUUUUGAGAGCAAAUCAAAUACUCAACCUGCUGGAUGGGCUGGUUUUUAACAAUGGGAAAAGGGUUUAAGGGAUCUAUAAUACUAUGAUUGCAUCUUGACUUUUUUUUAAUCUCAUAUGAAGUAAAAUAUGAAUGGAAACUAGACAUAUAUUAUGUUUGAUUUCAUGUGGUUGAGUUUUUUUUUUUUUUUUCUUGUGGAUCUUGCUAUGAAAUGGUAUAUGUUUUUCUGUAGUAAAGAUAAAUUUGGGUAUA